AUGACCGGAUCAAACAACAACCAACAACAAGGUUUCUUUGUCUUUAAAAUCAAUGAAAACAUCCUCUCAAAUAAUGAACUGAAUCCUAAUAACCCUAUUUCACUUAACAAUGAAUUGAAUGAUUAUCAAAUUGUUUACAAUUCAAAUUAUCCGUUUACCAUUGACCGAAAUAUGCUCAUCAAUAAUUCUAAAAAAAGAACAGGCAGCAAUAAAGCCCCACGACCUCAAAACCCAUUUAUUUUAUAUCGUAGAGACAUGAGCGCGAGGUUGAAGGCUGAAUCUGCUGAUAAUAAAAUAAAAGAAGCAAAACGUUCAAAAGAAAUUGCCAUCAGGUGGAAGAAAGAAACAGAAGAAGUGAAAGCCCUCUUUUAUGCUCUUUCUAGGUUAGCAAAGCAAAAACAUAUUGAAGUAUAUGGCAAAGAUUACAAGUAUGUUCCAGCAAAAAGAGGAACAAAAGCAAAAAGCAGAGCAAAAAAUUAUGAUAAUAGUGGUACUGAUACCGAUUUCAUACAAACUGAACCAGUUUCUUUUUUUUGUGAUUACCCUCCUUUUUUUUCUGAAUCUACUUAUGUUGAUCUAAAUAUUCCAUUCCUUAAUAGCCAAUGUCAAUUCUAA